AUGUUAAAUGCUGACUACAUUUAGGCUUUGGCUUUACAAUUUUCCAUCAAUGCAGAAUAAUUUAUACUGUACGAUUAACAUAGGGAUCCAAUUUAGAAACAAUUCAUUUGUUAAUAUUGGUUAAGAGGUACUUGCUGUUUCACUCCAGACUUUUGCCAUUUUGCCCAUGGAAUCUAAUAUUUAGAAUAUAAAAUAGAUUCAUUAACAAAUUUAAAACCUUUACCCAGCUUAGAGGAUGUUAAAUUGAAAUAUAGAAUUGAUGGUUUCCCAAAAUAAUAUUUUGUGGUUGAGAAAUUUUAAUCACAUCCAAAAGUCAAGGAAGAAUUGAAAUAAUAUCAUGAAUAUAUUGGAAAAUAUUAUGAUCCAGAUAAAGUUUACACUCUAAGAGAGAUUAAGUUUGAAAGAUCAAUCAAACCAAUUAUUCUUAAUACUAUGUAUUUGUUGGAAAUUUAAAACUUUUAUGAAAAAAUCUUGGAGAUGUUACAAGUUAAAAUCAUUCCCAGAGCUGUGUUCAUUCAUGAAUUAAACAGAGUUGGGUACUCAUUUAUGGGAAGUCAUUUUGCGAGGCCCAAGACCCUAAUAUUCCAUUUAUAGAAUAGUGGUUCAUGUUUUUCCAAGACUCUUAGAACAAGUAUAGUGAUAACUGGAUAUGAUGAAUCAAUUUUGAGAAAAUAAAAUUCUUUGAAAGUCCUUAAAUAGGGGGUGGUUAAGCAAUAAAAUAUAGAAUAAAACGAGAAUUAGGAUGACGCGAAUAAGGAAGAUAAUGAUGACUAAGAUGACGAGGAGGAUGAUGAAAUGAUAGGAUUGGAAGAUCCAUUAGAAACUUAGGAGGGCGAAAAAGAUAUUAUUUUUCUAAUUAAGGUUGAUGAUAAAAAAGAAUUGAUAAAAUCUUUUGCUUAAAAAUUAUCGGAAAUUUUAACAGCAUAACCAAAAUUAGCAAAACUUACAGAUAUGGAUGAUUUCUAAUUAGCCAUAGAUGAGAUAAUUAAAGAAGAAAAUCAGAAAAACUUCCAAAAUUAAUAGUCAAUUUUCCCAAAUUUGCAUCAGAUUUUGACAAUAUAGAAUUAAAUUUGGGAUGAAUUUGCUGAAGAACAUGGAUUUCAACUAAUAAAAUUUACAAACUCAAGAGAUUCAGGAAUACCAAUAAGUUCAAUAGUUAAAUUUUUCACUCCUGAACAGAAAUUGGAAUUAACUAAUUAUCUAUAGAAACCUAAAAUUAAAUAUUUUCUAUGUUAAUAUUGGAUGAGAGGUAUUUGCAUUUUUCAAAAGAAAGAUUGCAGAUUUGCUCAUGGUUUAGAAGAUUUGGAGUUAAAUUUUGAUAUUGCAAGAGAUUUUGAAAAUUUGAACUAAGAGCAAAAGCCAUUAAGAUAUAAUUAGAAGCCAUUGAUUAAUCAUAGAACUUAUUAAAUUUUAUUUUUGUAACAAUAUAAAAUGAUUGAUUAUGGAGCUUUGGGAUUACAUCAAAAGAAAAAUAUUUUUUAAAUUGAUAAUUUGAAGGAAUAUAGAGAUAAAAUAAGAGAAUUUAUAUAAAGAGAAAUGAUACUAAAUUUAUAUAAAAAGAUCUCUAAUGGUAAACCAUAAAACAAAGGGGAAAUUAUGAAGUAUUACAAUCUGGUUGGUUUUAUCUAGAGAGGAAUUGAUCUGUCAGAAUUGAAGAUAAUUAAGCUAUUAAUUAAUAAUGAUGCAGUUUUUGAGAAAGAAUCUAUUGUAAAAGUGCAUCAGAUUGAAUAGGAUGGUUUGAGUAAGAAGGAGAAAAAGAAGGUUACUUAAAAACAGAUUCUAUUAAUUCCCGUAUUGGAUUAUAGUAUUUAUAACACAUUUUAUGAAUCUAUUAUUCUCUAAGCUUUGAUAAUAGUUUUGAAGAAUAAAGUGGAAUUGCCAGUCGAAGAGAGUAUUGUAAAGAAGGAAAUCUAUAAAUUGGAUUAAGUAUUAGAAAUGCCAGGACUUUAUCAAUUUUUCCUCAGGCAUCCAAAAAAGAAAUAUACAUUGAUUGAUUACUUUUAAGAAAAUAUCUUAGGGUAAGUUAAGAAUAAAUUGAAAGAUUAAAUUCAUCCAGAAGUAUUUGAGUAAAUAUCUGAAGAUGGAUUUAAUUUGAUUUAAUUUGAGGCUGACAUUCCUUAAUUGAUGGCAAUAAUUUAAGCGAUUUACGGAAAUACCUUAAGUCAUAAUCAAAUUCCAAUAAAUUUUGAUAAAUUGAUCAAGUAAAUAGAAAUGAAAGCAAGUGAUAAUGAUAAAUACAAUUGUUUAGUAAAUUAUUUGCAUAAGGAUAAAUUACAUAAAUUUUUCAGUAUUAAUGGGAGUCUUUAUGCAAUCAACUAGCAUGGAAAGGUAGCAGAUAAGAUUAAGAAAUGCAAAUGUGGAAAGCAAUAUCAAGCACCUGCAAAAAUAAAAUAAAUCAAUGAUAAUAUGCUGAUACAAAAAAUAAUGGAAAUAUAAGAAUUUAUUGAUAAAGAAGUUAGAAACACUAUAGUUGUGGAUUCAGCAGAAAAAUUACUAUUGGUGCAAGAUUUCAUGUCCUUCGAUGUUAAUUACAUUGGUAUAGACUUAGAAGGAUAAUUAAGAAAGGGAGAUAUUUGGUUAGUUUAGAUGGGUGUAAUGGUUGAAAAUUUGAGAAUCAUUUUCAUUUUUGAUCUAAUGAAAGCUAAGUAUUUGGAAGCCGAUUUAGUAUUUCAUGAAUAGAUGUUGAGUGUGAUUAGAUCGAUUUUAGAAGAUGAGGGGAUUUGCAAAGUAUUUCAUGAUUGUAAAAGAGACAGUUAAGCACUGCAUAUCAAUCAAAUAUGUCCAAGGAACAUUGCAGAUACAAGUAGUACAUAUAUAUUUUUGGAAUCUCUGAAACUGAAUGAUUAGGAAUAGAAAAAAGUUAAAAAGAAUCCCGUUUAAAUAUCCAAAGAAGUGUUAUAAGUAGCAACUCCACCAAUAAAUAGUGUAUUAACUAAAUAUGGAGCUAUGCAUGGAGGAAAUGAAUUAAAAGAAGAAAUGCAUGCAAAAUUCAAUAAUUGCAAGGCAGACGAUUUCUUUGCUCGUCCAAAUCCAGCCUUCAUGUAUUACAGUGCUAGGGAUGUGGAAGAUCUUGUUUAAGUUUAUUUGCAGAUGGAAAUGCUAGCUUUGGAAUAUAGAUACAUUAUUGAGAAAAUGAGUAACAAAAAUAAAGAGAUAAAAUUUAGGAUAAGUGAUUUAAUGUUACCUAAAAUGUUAGAUGCCUCCUUCUUGUAUGGAGAGAAAAGAUUUUUAAAGAAACUAAAUAGACAAUUAGAUGAGAAUAAUGAGAUUAAUUAAAAUCAAGAAAUGACAUUUGAGGAGGUAUUAUCUUCCAAUAUAGAUUGUCGAGAGAAGAUAGAAAAGUUAGUCUCUGAUCCCAAUUUAUAAAAUGAUUUUCUUAUUAAAGCACACAAUAUAAACAAAGAUUUAAAAGACUUCUAUUAUUUGCCUUUAGUUGCAUUAACUUUAGAUCCUCCCAGUUAUUAUCCGGUAGAUACAAUUGAUAUUGAAACUAUCUUUUAACACUUUGGAUAGAUUCUUAAAGUUAUCAAUAAAGAUAAAAUAGCUUAUAUCUUAAUGAGAAGCAUAGUUGAAUGUUGGAUUGGAGUUAAACUUCUCAAUAACACUCCGAUUGAAUUGCCUGGUAAAUUUGGAACCAAUUAGAUCCAUACUCUUAAAGUGCAAUUAUGUUUUGAAGAUUCCUCUGUACAUCACAUUUAUCAAUUUAAUCAUCGAAAUCUAACUGAACAAGGAUUGACUAUAUAGAAGACUCCAGAUUUAUUCGAUAAUUUAGAAAAAGACUACAAAUAUAUAUCCAUCUUUGAAAUUGAUGUAGAUGUGUUUUAGAAAGAUUUCAAUAUCAAGCAAAGAAUAUUGGGGUUGAAGGGUUCAAAUAUAAUCAGAAUAUUGUAUUUAGUGGAAAAAGCAUUUGCAUUUUAAAGCAAAGAAAAUGCAAGUACUAGAUAAGAGUUGGAUGUUAAAUUGUUGGUUGAUGACUAGAAUCUGAAAAUUAGUUGAUUUUGCUUGGCAACUAAUGGAAUAAAUUUGUAUUAGGUUAAAAAUAUGCUAAUGAAUUAUUUGCUUAAAUCAAGGAAGAGUUCAAAUUUUUCUAAGAUUUCCAACUCUAAGGAUUAAAAGAGUCCAGAGUUAGACGAAUAGAUAAAUUUGUUCAACCUGUAGAGGUUUAAUAUUCAUAUGAUGCAGAUGUCUGAUUAAUUUUUUGAGUAUUCUUCGUUAAUAUUAAAUUAUUUUAUAUUUAUUUUCUAAAAAA